UAUUUUAUAGUUAAAGAGUAACCUUUUGCAAACCUGGAACCUGCAUGACCUUUCUAUUACUUAUUGCCUGUCCAAGAACCCAUUGGAAAUGUUUUCAAAUCAGUUUCCCGUGUAUUAAUUCCUGUCUCAAAAUGCACCUAUACAAAACCAGUCUGAACUGGCUCUGACAAACAGCCAGUGCUUAAAUGGCACUUACUGAGAGCACUUUGUUGUUUGGCUUUCUUGAUGAAAUUGUACUUUCUUGGUUCUUUAUGUUCCCGGUUUGUACCCUCAUGGUUGAAUGGACUUAGUGUAAGUCGCUUGUGAUAAAAGCGUCGGCUAAAUGAAAUGUGAGUGCCAUCUGAGUGUGUUAUGAAAGUCGCCACGUGUAGAGUGUGUUUUAUUGUCUGGAGCCCAUUCCGACAGUAACCGGAGAUGGCAGGACACUGGCUGGGGCUGCUGUCGAUAGGCCUGUUUUACAUGUUUAUACUGGGCAUCGGCAUCUGGGCAUCCAGGAAGUCCAAACGCGAGGAGAGGAAAUGCACGGGCAACCGCAGCGAGGUGGCGAUGGUUGGAGGGCGGAACCUCAACAUCUGGGUCAGCAUCUUCACCAUGUCAGCUACCUGGGUGGGGGGAGGCUAUAUUCUGGGUAAUGCUGAAGUGGUCUACGAUCCAACCAAGGGGCUGGUGUGGGCAUUGGGGCCCCUUGCUUUCGCUGUAAACAUGACUAUAGGUGGACUGUUCUUUGUCAAACCUAUUCGCUCAAAGAAUUAUGUCACCCUCAUGGACCCAUUUCAAGAGCAAUAUGGCAACACGGUGGCGGCUGUUCUCUUCAUCCCCGCCCUCCUGGCAGAUCUUUUCUGGAUUGCAUGUAUUCUCGGUGCACUGGGAGGAACAGUGAGCGUGGUGCUGGAUAUCUCCUCGUCUCUGGCUAUAAGCAUCUCGGCUAGCGUUGCCAUCAUAUACACGUUGAUGGGAGGACUGUACUCUGUGGCCUAUACUGAUGUCGUCCAGCUUGGCUUGAUGUUCUUUGGUUUGUGGCUCUGUGUCCCUUUCGUCCUGACGAGCGCCUCCUCAGCCAACUUCACCGUUGCUGCCGUCACCAAACUCCACCAGGAGCCGUGGGUCGGGCAACUGCAGCUGGAAGAGUCGGGUCGCUGGGUCGAUGACUUCCUGCUGAUGGCCAUUGGAGGGAUCUGCUACCAGGCUUUCUACCAAAGAGUCCUGUCCAUGGCCACUGAUGCCCAAGCCAAGAUCACCUGCUAUGCAGCAGCAGUAAUAUGCCCACUUCUUGGCGUCCCAUCAAUCCUCAUUGGGGCAGCAGCAGCAUCUACCAAUUGGAAGCAGACCAGUUAUGGUUCACCCAGCCCAUAUGAAGAGGGCCAAGCUGGGAUGAUCUUGCCGAUUGCCCUUCAGCAUCUUUGCCCUUUCUACGUCUCACUGGUCGGUAUCGGAGCGCUCGCUGCAUCUGUGAUGUCAUCCGUCGACUCCGCCCUUCUGUCUGCCGCCUCCCUCAUUGGUCGGAAUAUCUUCAAGAACAUCCUCUACAAAGGGGCAUCAGAGCAAAUGAUUAUUGUGGUGGUGAAGGUGUCCGUCCUCCUGUGUGGAGUAAUUGCAGCAGCCCUCGCCAUGACAUCAAGGUCCAUUCACCUGUUCUGGAUCCUCAGUGCUGACAUCAUGUAUUCAGUGAUGACGCCGCAGGUGACGUGCACCUUCUUCUUAUCCCAGUGGGUGAACCAGUACGGGGCCUGCAGUGGCUUUGUGUUGGCGACACUGGUGAGAGCUCUGGUGGGGGAACCCCUGAUGGGCCUCCCCGACGUGCUGCCCCUGCCGUGGGACAAGAUCCAGGAGGACGGUCACCGGUACCGGUUGUUCCCUUUUCGUACCGUCAUCGUGCUCCUCACCAUCGCGACCAUUUUGCUGGUUUCAAGACUGGCUGCGUGUCUGUCUAAAACGGAGCUGAGAGCAAGUGAUGCUGAACCGGACACCAACCUCGAUUCCAUGGCACCGAUCCGGACAGACGUGGUAGAAGACGGGAGGUUGGAAAAAGAACAGUCUUUAUUCUCCGAAGAAAACAGUGAAGCAUAAACACUCUCAUGGUGUUUAAUCCAGGAUUGAUUUACAAGGGUCAAACAAGCUAAGGGAUCACUGCAUGUGUUUAACAAUCAUUUACUGAAACUUAAAGCGAAUGUCGGGGCCUCGGUGGACGUCUCAGCUCUACUGGGUGCCCUCUAUUGCAAGUUUCAUUAAAGUCAGCUCAUUUUCGCCACUGUACAUUAAAGAAAUGUCUUUUAAAUAUGUAUGCUUUCAAUUGUAGGUGUCAAAAGAGGCAGGGAAGACAAAUUAGAAAGUUGCAUGUCUCAUGUGAGUCAAUAAAAAGCUGAAAACGGAAUAAAUAAAC